UCUCUAAGAAGAAAAUGUAUUUGUCCCUUGUCCUGGUAUGUCUGCCUCUUAGCAUCCUGUACCAGCGUUAUCUUUAUUUCCGAAGAAUGAAUAUCCCUCUGGAAACCUCUGAAUACUUCAAAUAUGCGUUUACUUCUGUCUAUGUAGAUAUAAUGUUUUUUGUGUCAUGGAUUUUGGAGAAACUGGGCAUUUGCGACCAAGUCAGACUCAUAAGAACAUCACUAAAGAUCGGAGUAUUCCAAACAGACCGGGAGCUCCACAUCAGGGAUGAACAAUUUGAUAAUGUGCCUGUGAGAAUAUAUGAGCCAAAACAUCCAUCCAGUGGUCCAAGGAGAUGUCUGGUCUACAUUCAUGGAGGUGCUGGCAUGCUUGGGACCAUUAACGCUUAUGCAGCUACAUGCCGUCACCUUGCCCUAAAAACUGGGACGAUGGUCGUGGAUAUUGGGUAUCGUUUAGCUCCGGAGCACCCACACCCAGCACAGUUCGAGGACUGCAUGUCUGCUGUCACACAUUUCCUAAAAGAAGCAGAAAAUUAUGGAGUGGACCCAAACCGUGUUAUCCUUGCAGGGGAUAGUAGUGGAGGAACACUAGUUUCUUUGGUCUGUCAUCGUUUGGUAACUAGGAAAGAUACCCCAAGAGUCCGAGCUCAGCUGCUGAUUUAUCCACCAUACCAGUCAGUUGAUCUUACAUUGCCUUCCUAUCAGCAAAACUUUUUUGGUCCUGUCUUGUUAGGGAAGCGGGUUUUCGAACUGGCUGCGAGGUUUUUUAAUGAAGAGGCUGCAGAUGUAAGUGGAUUUAUGAAGAAUGCCCAUGUUCCUGAUUAUUUUUCAGUGAAAUACAGGAAAUGGAUUAGCGCUGACCUCGUUCCAGAUGAAUUUAAGGUUAGAGGCUAUGUCCCUAUAGCACCCGCUCCAUUUUCAGAAAAGCUUUACAAAGCAGCUGGAAUAGCUUUACAAGAAGAUUUCUGCCCACUUUUAUCUACAGAUGAUAUUAUACGUCAGCUCCCAGAGACUUUCCUUUUGACUUGUGAGUAUGAUGUUCUUCGGGAUGAUGGACUAUUGUAUAAGAAACGUCUAGAGGAUAAUGGCGUGCCUGUCACUUGGCAUCACCUUAAGACAGGAUUCCACGGAAUUAUGUACCAAAAUGAUUGUGUGCCCUUUCAGUUCAAAGAGGCACAAGAAGCAAUGGAGCACAUUGUAGAUUUCGUACAAAGAUGCUAACAUGAAAUCAUCUUCCGUUUGGGACAUCUAUACCCAUUACUUUGCAUGCGGUGGGAUUUGGGUGGCUUUCUUUUUAAACAUUUGUCUGAAAUUAGGAUUAUGAAUGUCUUGGCGGUGUUCAAUCAAUGGAGAUAUACAGUGAUGAUUGGAUCAUCUUCCGUUUGGGACAUCUAUACCCAUGACUUUGCAUGCAGUGGGACUUGGGUGGCUUUCUUUUCAAACGUUUGUCUGAAAUUAGGAUUGUGAAUGUCUUGGCGGUGUUCAAUCAGUGGAGAUAUACAGUGAUGAUUGGAGAUAGGAUUAACGUCUGAUUUCAAAUACCAUCACACUGUUUGGUGACUAUGCAAUAAAUAUCACAUUUCUUCACUUAUGUCUCAACUU